UCCACACCGCCCUUAACUUGGCUUUGUUCUGAUCAAUGGAGAACACAGAGAAGAAAAACAUUCAGAUGGGUUCGUUUCAGACGCCGAUUGGAAUGCGAAGCUCCACGCUUUUGGAAACUUCGUGCGGAUACUUGCUUCAGGAAUUGCAGAAGAUUUGGAAUGAAGUUGGACAAGAUCAGUUUGAAAGGGAGAAGGUGCUGCUGGAUUUGGAGCAGGAGUGUCUGGAGGUUUAUAGGAAGAAGGUUGAUACUGCGAAUACCUCGAGAGCUCGACUGCACCAGGAGUUGGCUGAAGCGGAGGCUGAAUUUACCCAUCUUCUUCUGUCCCUUGGCGAACGGUCUCUCCCUGGACGGGUACAUUAUCCAUCAAUCCCUGUUAACUCGCCAGAAAAAAUGGUGGGAACACUGAAAGAACAGUUGGAUUCACUCACGCCGGCAUUGAGGGAGAUGAGAUUGAGGAAAGAAGAUAGGGUGAAUAAGUUCCGAGCAGUACAAGGGCAAAUUCAGAAAAUUUCUGCAGAAAUAGCAGGUCAGUCAGAGUACGAAGACUUAUCAUCGAAUGUCAUGGUGAAUGAGAAUGAUCUUUCACCAAAGAAACUAGAGGAGUACCAAACAGAGCUACAAAGACUCCACAACGAGAAGAAUGAAAGGCUCAUGAGGGUCGAAAAAUAUAUAGAUGCAGUCCACAAUUUGUCUUUGAUAUUAGGAACAGACGCCUCAAUGGUUAUCACCAAGGUUCAUCCAAGCUUGAAUGAAUUAUGUGGGAUAGCCAAAAAUAUAAGCAACAGUAUUUUGGCUAAACUUAACAGCACAGUGGAAUCCCUUGGGGAAGAAAAGCAAAGGCGACUCGAAAAGCUUCACCAUCUUGGCAAAGCAUUGACAAACUUGUGGGAUCUCAUGGACACACCCUACAAAGAUCGUCAAUCGUUUUCCCAUGUUACUGGCUUAUUAUCACUUUCAUCAGCAGAAGUAUCAGAUCCAGGAAGCCUAACCCUACAUAUAAUACAACAGGCUGAGGCUGAAGUCAAGAGACUGGAUCAAUUAAAAGCAAGCAAGAUGAAAGAACUAUUUUUCAAGAAACAGAAUGAGCUCAAAGAGAUACGCAAUAAAUCACACAUGGAGAUUCCUUCGCAAUCAGAGAUUGAUAAUCUAAUUAACCUCAUCAACUCGGGGGAGAUCGACCAUGCAGAUCUCCUAACGAGCAUGGAUCAACAGAUAUCAAGAGCAAAAGAAGAAGCUUCUAGCAGAAUGACUAUUAUGGAAAAGGUGGAGAAGUGGGUGCUAGCACGUGAUGAGGAGCGUUGGUUGGAAGAAUAUAGUAGAGACGAGAACCGGUACUCAGUCAGCAGAGGUGCACACAAGAACCUGAAACGUGCAGAACGUGCCCGAGUAUUAGUCAACAAAAUCCCAGCUUUGGUGGAUUUGCUAAUAGCAAAUACUAAGAGUUGGGAAGAAGAAAGAAAGAAAACUUUCCUGUAUGAUGAGGUACCUCUCCUAGCAAUGUUGGAAGAGUAUAAUGUGCUAAGGCAAGAAAAGGAGGAGGACAAGCAAAGACAACGGGAAAUGAAGAAGGUCCAAAGCCAAGUAGUGGUCGAGCAAGAAAAUUUGUUCAUAACCAGGCCAAGCACCAGUACAAGGCGAACUUCAAUCAGGAGUGUGAACGGAGGUUUUAGCAACGCCAUGCCUCUAAACAGAAGGCUUUCACUGGGCCUUCAGCAAUUGGGGCCACACAGCAUAAACUCAGCCACUCAAGGCAUCUCCUUUAUAAAGGAAGGUAAAAAGGCACAUAGACAAAAGUUGUUCGCUCGACCUGGCCUUGUUUCUCACCUUAGAGAUGAAACAGCUUCGGUGGUAUCAACAUUUUCUGGCCCACAAUCUCCCUGAUUAUUGUGUCUGAGUUGUCAAUCGUCUUGUCCUACGGGAGGACAAAGAGCAGAAGAGUGCGAGAGCUAGUAGCGCGGAAAUACCUAACAGAUCAUGCAGAAAAAUAAGUUCAGUUUAGCGUUUCAGCAAAAGAGCCUGUAUUUAAAAAUUACCCCUGUACCAGCAGAAAUGUCUAGAGCUUUUAGACAUCUGUAAUUGCAAAUGCAAAUAAAUAAGUUCUAAGAUUGUUUUCUUA